GGGGGGGGGGGGGCCCACGGCGGGGCGGUGGUGCCCUGCCCACUCGUCACGCCACUCAGACAGGCGAAGGAGGACCUGUGAAGCGCCACUUGGCUCCCCUCGACGCUGAUGAAAAGUGACACAACGCUUUAGUCUCUCCCGUGACGAGUUCCUCUCAUGUAUCAUGCAAUAUGGCGUCUCGAGGUGUGUGUGUAGCCUCUUGAUCGUUUCCUCUCAAGCCAGCCAGUGAAAGAAAGCUGUAUCUCCUCGGCGCCUCCCCCACCACCGGGCACAACGUUCCGAGCCCCCCCCUGCUGCCUGUGUGGUAUGGGCACGGCCAGAGCGAGGACACAAGUUGAUAAUCAUUAGCAGUGAAAAUUUGUCAACUCGUUGACAUCACUAACAGCCGGGAAGCACGAGAAGCAUACGUGCUAAAUGAGGUAAAUGUCUUCGAGAACUUCCUAAUAAAAAAAUAAAAAGAUAAAUGAGAAGCGUCAUAAACGGUGUCAUCACUUAUUUUUUACAUGCCGCUCCCAGAGGCCCCCGCCUCGUGCCUGGCGUAGGAAGCUGUGCGCGCCCGGCCGGCCUGGAGACAACGACACACGAUACUUGGCACUAGAGCACCGAGGCGAUCCCGUCGCCUUGGUUUAUCUGGUCAGGCCGCCGCAUUGGAGCCUCUAAUUAAGCCGGGUAGCGGCCGUCUGUAGUCACACUCCCUGCUGCUCCGGCCGCCCCGCACAGGCCACGCCACUCAGUUACUAUCCCACGGCUCUGACACGAGUGUUUGUUGUGCAGGCGUUGAUCAGUUCUGUUUAAUUUUCUUCUUCCUUAUCGCCGUGGCCAUGAUCCUGUGUUCAUAUGACUAGCACAUUAAGGCGACACGGUUCGUUGAGCAACGUCGAGAGGAUGUGGUCGGCGCCGGGACCGUGCUGCGGCGGAGACAUGCAAGAAGAUUAUGGCGAGAUAAUAAAUCAAGGUUGUGACACAGUUGUGAAGGAAGGGAAGGAAGUUUCAUCAGCCGCCACACCGUUUCUUGCCCUCGACCCGCCAUACAAGCCUUUCGUCGAGUGAGCAGCAAGAGGAAGAGAAGAAUCCAACAAGAUGAUCCUGGCUGGCCGAGUCAACUCAAUGGAAACACUCCACUAUGACCCGCGAGAGACUGCCGCGGGAAACAGGCGCGUGAGACGGUCUACCGGGGCCGCCUCCUCCCCCAACCCCGCACAGCACACUGGGACCUUCACCAAGAAACUGCGCCUCGCCGGGGACUUGCCACAAUUCCUCAGGGCCGCUCCGGACUCCAACACCCUCUCCGUCGGCCCCCACGAGGCUGAUGACCCGCAAGUCUGCUUCCGGAUGCACUCCUUCCACGUGCUGGCCACGCCUUCCUCGGAGGGCGGGAACAUUGUGGUGAUCGAGGCCCAGGACGGAAGGCAUGUCACCCAAGACUCCGCCAACCCGCAGAGCCUCGUGCUGACGGCAGGUGAGGCGCCGCAGCAGACCCGCACCACAGACAGCAGGUUCUUCCGCAUGUUCCGUGCCACCGGCGACCGCGACCUCAGGCUCAAGCACCUGCACUCCGGCAUGUACCUGUCGGCCUCCAGCAGCGGUGUCUCCCUACUCUCCACCGAUGGCUCGCCUGACUCCAUCCUCUUCACGGAAUUCGAGUGCACCCUCACCUGAGGCCGCCUGAGGGACGGGUGUGCCUCGCGGGGCGGGGGAUGGGAGGGUCGCGGGGAGGGUUUGCGGCAAUCUCAAGUCUUCGGUGGGCCGGUGAGGCUCUCAACGGGCCGCUAAACUCUCGCCCCAGGGGAAGAAAUACCAGGAACCCAGAACGCUAACAUUAGAUCUCGGGUGCCGCCACUGACAGCCCCGCCACACCGGCAAGUCAAGGACCGGUGCUGCGCGGUGAGGAUUCAUUCUCGCGCCCUUUUGGGGUUCCUAAGACAAGUCAGCGACGUGUUUGGGUCAGGGCGCCGCCACGACCUCACGCACUGCCCUUCUCGCCGCCCACGCAGCAGUAGCAUCAUCAACAUCAUCAGCAUCAGCUGCAUCAGCUGCAUUAUGUUAUUGCAUCAGAUAUUUGUUUGUAUUUAUUUAUUUAUUUAUUCGUGUAUUCAUUGCAAAUUAAAAAAAAAAAAAGUUGCUUAUCAUCUCAUCAUAUUUUUUCCUCAUUUUUACCGAAUGUUUUUUUUGUAAGAUACUUUAAUGUAUCAAUUGUAACAAUUGUAAAGUCUAAUAAUUUUAUGAAGUUAUUUAUGAAAUUGGUUAUUGAAUUUCUCUAUACUGUUA